AUGAAGAUAUCGAAAUUCUUUAUUUUUAGCACGGUAGUUCCAAUCCUACUUUCUAUUUUCAUCUACAGAAUUCUACAAGCAGACUUACUUGGAGGGAAAAUAGAACUAAGAGGUCCAGAGUUUUAUGAGGACAUUGAUAUACUAGAAUUGGAACAAGGAUUCAAGACUGUAAGAGCAUAAACAUAUGAAGGAGCUAUUUAUGGGAUGGGAUUUGUGCAUGCGAGAGAUAGACUAUGGCAACUACAAUUUAUCAGAUUACUCAGUCAAGGAAGAAUGUCUGAGUUUGCAGGAGCAGAAACAGUUUUAGUUGAUAAGAUUAUUAGGAUGGUAGGUAUCAAUAGAGUUGCUGCUCACCACAAUAAAUCAUUAGGCGCAGAGGACAGAAAAAUCUUGGAAGCAUAUGCAAAAGGAAUAAACGACUUUGUCAAAAAUAUGAAGACCUAUCCAAUUGAGUUUUACAUUCUAUGGAAUGAAUUUGAACCUUGGACUCCUUAUGAUAGUCUCUCAGUUAUGGUGAUAUUGCAAUACUUUAUAUCUUUCGAUUGGUUCAUAGAGCUUACUAGAUCUAAACUUACAGAAAUCUAUGAUAAAGAUCUAGUAGAUUAAAUGCUCCCUCACAGAGAAGACUUUCUAUACUUCAAUAAUACUAACUGUAACCUUACUUAUUGUCUAAUGUGUUAACAUAUAGUGAUAUCAGAUGAAGAUUUGAAAAGAAUGGGAAGAUACGCUGAGAAUUCAGGUAUUUAUGACGUAGACACAGAAUUAUUAUACUUCAGAGAAAGUGAUAAACCGAAGAAGCAAAAGCUACAUUUUAACGAGGAAGCAUGGCACAAGGACACUAGAGAAAUUGGAAGUGGCGCUGGCAUUGGAAGCAAUUGUUGGGCUGUGCAUGGUAGACACACCGAAACUGGAAUGCCAUUAAUAGCAUGCGAUCCUCAUCUGAUGAAAUUACUUCAAGCGAAAUGGUAUAUGAUUACUCUAUAAUGGGGUAAAGAUGAUUUUGUUGUCGGAGGAAGUCACAUUGGAAUGCCUCAAAUAAGUUAUGGCAGAUCUAAGCAUAUUGCAUGGGGAGCUACUGCAAUUAAUCCAGAUAUCUCCGAUCUUUAUAUUGAGAAGAUUAAGGAUGGCAAAUACUACUAUGCAGGAGAAUGGCAUGAUCUUAAAUAAGUUAACGAAACAAUUAAAGUUAGAUUCGGUCAAGAUGUUGAUAUCACCUAUAAUUUCACUAAAAAUGGAGUUGUUCUUUAAAAGAUUGAAGAGGAUAAGAUGGACUUUUCUCUGUGGUUUCCCUUGGAAUUUCUCAAUCAAAAUGAAGAUGACUUCUCACUGAGAUGGGUGUAUAGUGAAGGUGUGGUAACAGACCUAUUUUCAAGAGCAAAGUCAAUGCUUAUGGAUAAGAAAAACUUAAAAGAAGUUGAGGAGUUAUUUGAGAGUCUUAAUCAAUUCCCAUUGAACCUUGUUUAUGCUACAGAUGAUGGAGAUAUUGGAUAUCAUUUAACAGGUCUAUAUCCUAAAAGAAGAUACUAAACUCACUAUGGAUGCUACCCCAAGAAGGGUUGGUUGCCUGAAAAUUAAUGGCUUGGAUUUGAAUCCCCUCAUGAUCACCCUAGAGUUUAGAACCCGAUAAGUGGGAUUGCAGUAAGUGCUAAUAAUCUAGCAACCAGUAGCCAUGGAAAGUUUGGAAUUACACAUGGUUUCUAAUUCUAGCAUAGAUUCCUAAGAAUUACUGAACUUCUCUAGAAUAAGAUUCAAAAUAACUAAAAAGUCACUGUUUAAACAAUGAUGGACAUUCAAAAUGAUAUCCUAGAUUAUCAAGUUAGAGAAUCUCUGGGGUAUAUCAUCGUCAAUGUUGAAAUGGGACUUGAAGCAACUCUCUAAGUAACAACUAAAAGUGAAUCAGAAAGAGAAUAAUUAAGAAAAUUAGUACAGUAGAUAGUGAAGGAUUUUUAAAACUGGGAUUAUAAAUUUGAUUAUGAAUCAAAGUCCGCUUCAGUUUAUUUAAGUUUAGAGUUAGCUAUGGCUACUUAUUUCUAAGAAUAAAAGAUUGAUAAUAAGGAUGUUCGUAGAGCUAUUCAUUCAAAUGUUAUCUUUGACAAUUUCCUUUACAAAUAAAUUAGAGAAUGGGCGAGAGAAUAAGAUCCUAAAAGCAAAUGGCAGUUGAAAAAUCUCUAGGUUAUGGUUUAUGACCAUACUCCGUUCAGUAAAAGUCCAUUAAGAUUAUUUUUUGAGGAAUAAAGACCUAUCCAGGGUAGCAGAAGAACACCAAAUUUAGCGAUGUAUUUCUUCCAUAAGUCUUAGUACUAAGCUAAAUUCGGACCAAUCAUCAGAUUGAUAUCUGACAUGAGCGAUCUUUCUAAGAGCUACGGUUCUUUUGAUUCUGGAGUUGAACAGAGAGCAACUCGUAGUAAUAGAGUUGAUUUUCUGGACAAGUUUAAUAGAGGUGAAUACAUGGACAUGCCUACCAGUUUUUCAAAAGAUAAGCUAAACCAAGCUUCACCAAUAAUUAAGUUGAGAAAGCAAUGA